CGCACAUCGGCUCCACCAAACGUUGAACUCAGUUAUGGCGCACUAUCCCACGCGCGAAAUUUGCUCAAAAAACUUAUGGAAGAAAAUAGCCUUGACGAUCUAUCCGAAAAGACUAAGAGUAUCUGGGAAGACACAAUAAUGUCUUUAUUGCUUAAAGUCGCCGACAAUGUGCGUCCUGAUGUGCGUGCUGGAGAUGAUAUGGAUGUUCGUCACUACGUUAAAAUUAAGAAAAUUCCAGGUGGAAUACCUAGUGAUAGCUUCUAUGUAAAAGGUGUAGUCUGUUCAAAGAAUGUCGCUCACAAGCGUAUGGUACGACCAAUAUCUCAUCCAAAAAUAUUGAUAUUGUUGUUUUCGCUGGAUUAUUCUCGAGUCGAAAUGGAAAAUCAACUAUUAUCUAUUUUACCAGUAAUUACUCAAGAAAGAGAACACCUAAGCAAACUAGUUGGGCGUAUUGUUGCUCUCAAACCUUCCUUACUUUUAGUAAAGUCAACAGUUUCUCGUAUUGCACUCGAGUUUCUGCUCGAAGCAGGGAUUCCAGUAAUUCACAACGUAAAGCAUAGUGUUAUCGAGGCAGUGGCAAGAUGUACGCAAGCUAGUGUUGUACCAUCAGUUGACAAACUCCAGACAGGACUUUCUUUUGGAAACUGUGGGUCGUUUGAAAUACGGACAAUGAUGCACGAAUGGAUUCCAAACCGGCGAAAGACAUAUCUUAUAUUUGAUAACUGCGACCCUGAGCUUGGUGGUACUAUUGUAUUGCGAGGAGCAACUGAUAAGACUCUGGGUGUCAUCAAGCGACUAAUUGACUUUAUGGUGUUUGUGAUCAACAACCUUAAACUGGAGACAUCUGUGCUGCGAGAUUUUUUUGCUAAGAAUAAGGGGGUUGAUCAAACUAUACAAUCACGUCCCAAAUCUAUAAAAGCAAUUCCUGCUUUAAACAUGAUGAGUGACGAGGAAUUAGCUACUCAAGAUAAUAAAGAAGAAGACGAGGAGCAUGUAGAGUCCCUGGAUGAGCUACUCGAUGUUUAUCGAAAUACAAUUCUAUCAGCCUCCCCGUUUGUCACGUUCCCUCCACCAUAUCUACUCCUACGCUUGAAGGAAACCGAGGAUCGUCUUUCUGUAGCAAUGACAUCAAGACGCCAGAGCAACGCAUCGCCCACCAGAAAUCCUCUCGAACGACAAACGACAAACGAAAAGCCUACAGAGCAUGCAAAAACUGUGGUAAACGCAGAGCUAGAACAUUUGGUUGCCAAGCAUAAUCAGCUUUCCAGGGCGUGGGAUGCGUAUAUAGGCGAAAACCCGGACUACAUUAGUCCGUUUUACCAUCAGAAUAUUGUAGUGCUUUAUUCGAAUGUGUGUACAAUUACAACAGUGCCAUGUCAGGAACCAGAAAUACGCAUAUUUGAAUAUUAUCGCUAUCCAUCCGACGUUUCGCUUGGCAUGUAUCUUUCGGAUCUAUUUAUGGAUGCUAAAAAUCCUUGCGCAUCAUUCAUGUGCGAUCAUCCUACCUCUCAGCACUUCAGGUCCUAUGCUCAUGGCGAGGCCCGCAUAAAUGUAAUGAUUGAGCCAUUUCCAUGUCCACUUCCUGGUAUGGCCGAGACAGUACUCAUGUGGAGUUAUUGUAAGCUUUGUGAAAGACCAACACCUGUGGUCCCAAUGUCUGAUAAUACGUGGAACUACUCUUUCGGAAAGUUUCUUGAACUAUUUUUGUAUCAAACUGGUGUCUUCUGUCGAGCUGACAUUUGCCCACAUGACAUGGCUCGUCACCAUGUGCGAUAUUUUGGAUCUAAAGAUUUAGCUAUUCAGUUUCAAUAUAAUCCCAUUGAUUUGUUGGAAGUUACUGUCCCGCCAAUGAAACUAUUUAUGCUUAGUCAAGUUCAGAUUGACCUUAAAGAGGCUGAACUAAAGACUCUGCGUGGAAAGAUUAACAAAUUUUAUCAAUCCAUCGCUGAGCGAAAUAAGGCAUUCCCAUUCGAUUUAGUUGAUCCCCGAAAUUUGGAGGCAUGCAAAACUGAAUUACAAGAAAUGUCGCACAUAUGCGUUGGAGAAAAAAAGCAAGUACUCCAAAUAUUGCAAAACGUGUAUGCUACAACCGAAGCAAGUGAUACACUUACAAUGAAUUGGGUGCGACGUAUAUUAUACCAACAGAUCAAUCAGUGGGAUCUAGAGUACGCAGAACUGGUGCGUUAUUAUUUGCAGCCUGAGAGAGAGUUGCGGAAGAUAACUACCGGCCAUCUGCGAAAAAUGUUCCCCACAGAUAUGUCCGAAGCAGCCAUUACACACAUGGACGAUGAGCGUACUAAGCGAGCAACUGAAGUAACAGAUCUUCCAUUGUUAGGGAUUGGAUUAGAAGAAGAAGAAGAACCUGGAAUUGGUCAAGGAGCUCGAAAAGCUGGAAAAGCGUCUUUUGAUUGGGACUACCGGCCAUUGAUACUUCCUAGUAUUGCAGGCUCUCCCACGAAUAUAGAAACAAAUAACAGUAGUCCAUCAUCCGAGGAAAUUUCAAAAAAAGAGGAACCAACAUCCCAACUCACAAACUCCAGGAAAUCUUUAUUGCGACCUGAAAUCCGACGCCAACUUUCAAUGGAAUUGAUGCGAGAAUUACAUUCCAAGUUCAAAAAGGAUAGCGUAUCAUUAAAUAAUGAGAUUUCUUUGUUUUCUGGAAACUAUAUACUGUCCAAGAGACAUGUUCAUUCCGCUGCACCGUUUCCACCAUCACGUAUUCCAGUCCCCCACCUCACCGCUCAAAGAACUGCAUCUCCUCUUUAUGAGCCAUAUAUGCCACCCCAUCAACGUGUCAAGCAGAUAAACAAAAAACCAACAGUUAAGAAAGCUAAGAGAGUUAAUAAUACAUCAGUGUAUAAACGACACGGUGUUCAUGAUGCUCCCCCAGCUACUGAUUCAAAGUCCUUAAUGGGAGUACAAUAUCGACCUAUGCCAGACUUUCAGGCUCCCAAGCUUUCUCAUAUGACAUCAGUGCAGCCAAACGAUAUCCGUCGAGCGGCAUCUCCACGAGAUCGUAAUUUCCGUUCACGUUUGCCUCGCAAGAAAACUUAUAUUCAAGUAUACACCCGUGCAAAUGAUCUCGUGAAAGAGAAUAUGGAGGACGAAUUUUUGGUAGGCGAUGACCCGAUGGACGAGGAUUGUAGCGAGCGCCGCGAAUAUGAUGGAUUUGGGAAUACAAUAAUGCGAGAUGCUCCAGUAGAUUACUUUUCUCCCUUGGCACCUUACAUGAGUAGUGUAAUCGAUUCACCAGAUGGAGCAGCACUAGGCCAUGGUGCGACACUGACAGCGACAGAAAAUUCCUCAUCUGUAUCUAAUAAUGCUAGCAAUAACAAUGUUACAGAACCUACUGAGGACGAUUUUGAUAGAUCUGAUUCAGUGUAUACAUUACCUUCAGCCAUAGAUUUACUUAAUCCACCCUCAACUGGAACAUUGACUACAAGCGUAUCAACAUCAGAGCGACUACAAGAAGAAAAGGCAGAAAUGUCAUCUGGCACAUCUCUAACACGAAACAUAGAGAAUCUCGAAGAAUAUCGCCACUCUCCUCCUGAAAAAAAUUUGUUUAUGAAAACAAUUACUAGUUUCUUGACCGAUGGUGGUGUUGCUAGUCUUCUACCUCUUGAACCCCCAUUACAACCAACAGAGCAUAUAUUUCCAGAUUCAUUUGUCGUAGUUCGGGAAGAUGAGCCGAGCACAAUUAUAGCAUACACUCUAAGUUGUGAUGACUACUUAACAAAGAUGCAAGAAAUGAACGAUGUUGUGCCUACAAACUACCCGUUACAUGACUACCCGCAUGAUAGUGGAACAACAACUUCUUCAAAUCCAUCUCAUAUAGAUAUCCAAGAAACACUUUUGCGAGAAUCUGGAACACACAUGCGUUACAACUUUUCAGACGGAACUUCCAAAUUCUUCUGUAAAAUAUUCUUUUCUGAGCAAUUUGAUGCUUUGCGAAGAAAUUGCGGAUGCGACGAAAGCUUUAUUUUGUCUUUGGCUAGUUGCCUCAAAUGGGACUCUUCUGGUGGUAAAUCUGGUUCAGCUUUCUUGAAAACCAAGGAUGACCGCUUACUUAUGAAACAGAUGUCGCGGUACGAACUAGACGCAUUUUUGUUGUUUGCGCCUGCGUAUUUUCAGUAUAUGGCAGAAGCAUCAUUUAGUGAGCUACCUACAGUAUUAGCAAAGAUCUUUGGGUUUUACAGUAUUGGAUACAAAAAUUCUGCGACUGGUAAAUCAAUGCGCAUGGAUCUUCUUGUUAUGGAAAAUCUGUUCUAUCAACGCAACGUAAAAAAGGCAAGCAUUAGCUCAAUCUUUGACUUGAAAGGUUCAAUGCGUAAUCGCCAUGUACAGUCUACAGGAAAACAAGAUGAAGUGUUGUUGGAUGAAAAUCUGGUUGAAUUGAUAUAUCAAUCACCCCUUUUUAUUCGCGCAUAUUCCAAAGAAAUUCUUCGAAGUUCACUCCACAACGACACCUUGUUUUUGUCAGGUCGUAAUGUAAUGGACUACUCACUUUUAGUUGGUAUUGAUGAAGAGCGCCAAGAACUUGUAGUAGGAAUAGUGGAUUUCAUACGAACCUUUACAUGGGACAAGAAACUUGAGAGCUGGGUGAAAGAAUCUGGGUUUCUUGGUGGAGGUGGAAAAGAGCCAACCAUCGUAUCACCAAAGCAG